AUGUCUAUCCUUAGUUUCUCUGUAACAGAAGCUGCCCACAACGGUGGCUUCUUCACUGUGGAUCUAAUCCACCGCGAUUCUCCUAAAUCUCCCUUCCACAAUCCUUCUCUAACUCCUUCACAGCGGUUGAACAAUGCUUUGCAACGUUCUUUUAACCGUGUCCAGCAUUUCAGGUUAUGGUCUCCACAAUUGGCCUCAGCUGAUAUAAUUCCCACUCAAGGUGCAUUUCUCAUGAAGAUAUCCCUGGGGACGCCACCAGUCGAAAUCAUGGCCUUUGCAGAUACUGGUAGUGACCUUAUAUGGACACAGUGCAAGCCCUGUGAUGAAUGUUUUGAUCAAAAGUCGCCUCUAUUCAAUCCAAUCAGUUCUUCAUACAAAGCUAUACCCUGUGGUUCAAGACAAUGCCAAUCUCUUCAAGAUACUUAUUGUGUUGAAAAUAGUUGCCAGUAUGAUCAGGGAUAUGGAGAUUCUUCUUCCACUAGUGGCGACCUUGCCACUGAAACAGUCAGGUUGGGUUCCACUUCCGCCACAGGCCUACAAGUCUCCCUCCCCAACACCAUUUUUGGCUGCGGACAUGAAAAUGAGUUAGCGUUCAGUAUUGCUGGAUCCGGCAUAGUUGGCCUUGGGGGCGGGUCAGUUUCGCUUAUUUCCCAAAUGGGUGCUUCCAUUGGUGGUAAAUUUUCCUAUUGCUUGGUUUCAAUGUCUGCUCAAAACACAAAGUCCAGCAAAAUGAUUUUUGGAGGCAGUGGAAUCAGUGUUGGAGACAAACGAUUGAACUUGUACAAUUCCACAACCCCAUCAAAUGCUUCUAAAGAUGGUAACAUCAUCAUUGACUCAGGAACUACGAUGACUGUCCUUCCAUCGGAUCUCUACCACCGGCUAGAAUUGGCAGUGAAAAAUGUAAUCAAGUUGCCUACUAUCAAGGAUCCAGAAGAACUGCUACAUUUGUGUUACUCUAAUUUGGCUGAUAAAGAUAUACCGAUUAUCGCAGUUCAUUUCAGGGGUGCAGAUUUGAAGUUGAAUCCAUUGAACACUUUUGCUAGAACUAGCUCAUCUUCCAGAUGCUUGGCUUUUGCCCCAGAUGAUGAUCUCUCCAUUUAUGGUAACAUGGCACACAUGAAUUUCCUUGUGGGCUAUGACUUACAGAAAAAGACUGUUUCCUUUAAGCCUACUGAUUGCAGGAGACAGUGA